UUUGUGUGCAGUGUGAAGAUAAGUGAAGCAACUGUCAAAAACGCCUUGUUUGAAAGAUCCAAAUACAAGUGAAUUAACCACCGUUGCUGUCGCGCGGCCACGUGAAGAAUUUGCUCGUUUAAUAGCCGUGUGUUUCAUCCAGAUUGUAGCAAAUUGAUAAAACCAUUGAAAAUAAAUAUAUUGCUGCAAAUAAGUGAAUUGAAAAUCAAAAAUAGUGAAUUCAGUAACAGAAAUUUUAAUAUCUCGCCGGUAUGUGAAAGCAUUGUGAGGUUAAAAUCGUAAAAGCGGGCGCGGAAGCUAAGCACUAAAGCAAAAGCACUGACGAGCACGUUGUUGAAUUGAUAUCAAUCGCAUGAGAUAUUUUAAAUAUAAGACAGUUUGUAAACCAAACUAAUAGUUCUAAAAAAGAAGAUAUUAAGAAUAAAGUACAAUAUAACGGAGUUUUAAAAAGAGUUGAAUUACAAUUUGCGACAAGAUGGAUUCACGGCUUUUGAACGUGUUUCACGAUGAUCCGUUCGACGGCAGUUACACACAACUCAACACAGAUUUUUGGUCGAGUGAAAGCGACACAAUGGGACAACUUACGGAGACAUUGAAUGGAAUUUUGCCUAUACCUGCAGAUGCUGAGCACGAUGCCGACAUAUACAAUAACGCUAUGCUCGCAACAGAAGACAAUUUUCGGAUAGCAAAUAAAAUAGAUGUUACCACGAAUUUUCAAAAUAAAGAAUUGCUGAUUUAUGAUGAUUUUGCGCAGCAUCAAUUGCCCGCAGACGGCGGUAUCGAAAUCAUUACUGUGGAUCCAAAUUCAUUAGACUCGGAUACAGAGGAUUCAAACGACAAUAAUGAUUUGUCAAGUAAUGAAGACAAAAAUAUCAUUUUGAAUUAUGCAGAUUUCGACGACAAUCAAAGUCAAUACAGCGAAGCUACCUUUCGUACGCGCACAGACAGUUCAUCGAUUGGUGACUAUGAAUCACACACAAGCGACUAUGACGAUAGUUCAGAUGAAGAAGACGUUGCGAAAGACAUGAUAAAUAAUCAGCUUGUUGAUAUAAAUGAGGACAAGAAACCUGAUGCACUACUAUUAGGCGUAGAUGAAAUUCCAGACUUAAGUGUAGGUCUAUUAGCUGCCGAUGGCAUAGAUUUAGACACAGGGUUUCAGUUGCCCUUAGAAGAUAUUUCAGCAGGCAAUAAAAAUCGUACUAUGAGCACGAACACUAUUGGCUCCGAUGUAGAUGUUAAUAAUUUCGAUUUAGCGGAAUUUAUAAACAAUGACGAUUUAACAUUAACUGUACCAAAAGUGAAUACACAAAUUAUUAAUAAUGUAACACAGACUAAUACGCCUGUGCACACAAAACGCUUAGCAGCAAUACCUGUAAAAACUAAUAUCGACUCAGAUUCCGAUGCGGAAUCGGAUGUCAUUGUCGAUAUUGAGACUGUAGAUGUAGAUAUGGAUAAAUCCCUGUGGAAAAUGGCAACUGGAAGUGCUGUUGCAACAGAAGAGAAUAUUGUAAAUGAUAUCACAUAUGAGGAUAAUGUAAAAAAGGAUCCGUUCUGGAGUCCAAAACCCACAAAAAAACAGGAAAAUAUGCCAAAAGAGAUAAAAGCUCGACCAACCACCACAGCAAUUGCUCCAAGUCUAACUACAAAUAAUGCGUCAAAUACACGAAACUUCACAAUUGUGCCAAACAAGCGUCAAUGUGAUAUUCUUAAAGGCAAAUCUGGCGCCAUUAAGAAUAAGUCAACUUCAAAACAGAACGUAGGCAAGUCCGCUGCUAAGAAAGGGUCAGAGGCCACAACAGGCAAUACGUCCAAGGCUGGUUCACUCACCUGCCGUGUGGGUGUGGGGCAAGGUGGCAAAAACUUGGCUUUGCUUUCACAAACUUUCUCAGCAAAUGAUACCAAACCAGAAAAUAAUAAAACUGCAGAAACAAUUGUGGAAAAACCAAAGGUGAUGAAGCCUACUGUACAAGAAAAGCAAGUCAUGCCCAAAGAAAGUGAAAAAGUAGAAGAUGUAGAACGCACCAAGUUGGCAGUCAAACGUAAAUUGAAUUUGGAAGAAUACAAGCGACGACGUGGAGACAAAAAUAUAUCUCGCCAGACAGAAAGCAAUACGAUGUCAACAGAAACUGAAGCUGCUAAUGCCUCCGGUGCAUCGAGCAUACAAGUGAAACAUAGUCAGGAAGUAACCACCGUCGUGAAAACGCUUAGAAAUCAGAAUAAUAAAAAACAACCUAUCGAUCCUAUAACCGAGGCUAAAAAUAAGGUAUUACGCAUGCAAGAAUUGAAACGAGCACAGCAAUUAAAAAUUAUAGAUUCCACAAUAUCGGCAAAAGUACCGCGUGUCACAAAAUUACCACCACUUAAGGACAUUGUUAAGGACACCUACUGUGGCGGCAAAGACCGGCAUAACCAAACUUCUACUGGCUCAAAACUGCACCCCGACUAUGAAGAAGUGAUUAUUGUAUCGGCUGGCAAUAACACUGAUAUCAGUAUACCACCGUUGAAUAUGCUACCAAUUAAUACUUGCGAGCGUUCACUUUUGAAAUCCUCUGCAUUGCUGUAUAGUAUGCCCAAUGGGCUGCCUUCGAGUAGCUCCUUAAUUGCCAGCAUACAGGAUGUUGUUGUACAAAAGGUUGUGGGACCGGAAAAGUCCAAUUUGACGAAUGGUGUCACAACACCGGUUUCCCAGAAAACACAGAAAACAGCCGAACAACAUGGCGAAGAUAAGGUUAUUAUGCAUUUGCGCAAGGAUAGAAUACGACCGCGCACGGUCUCUAUGGGCAUACAGACCGAUCCGCAACCAGGUUUUACAUGUCUGCCGCCAAUACCGCGCAAGCCGCGUGCUGAACGAAGUUAUCGUAAGCAUAGCGGUGGCAAAGCCAUCGGAGAUGACACCGAUAGCGAUGCGUCGUGCGAUCGCUCGUAUAAUCGCCAUCGUAAUCGCAGUCGUAGCCCAAUUAAUCGUUCGCGUAGUCGUUCGAUGGAAAGUUUAGCGUCGUCAACGGAACGUAGCGUUAAUACACGUCAGUCUGAUAUGGCCGGUGGUUAUUCGUCGCGAAGUAGUCGUCGGCAUCGUAGUUCCAUAAGUUCUUCCUAUUCUGAGUCGGGACGUAUGUCGCGCAAUACACAACGCCAACCGCGUACCAGCUACAAGAAACGUACAAAAAAGUAUGCACGCAACUCAUCGGCAUCGUCAUCACAAUCUUCGUCGGAUAGGUCUGGUCGCAGUCGAAAUCGCAGCCGCAGCCGCAGUCGCAGCCCAUUUUACCGGCGUUCAUAUUCCAGAUCACGUUCACGCUCGCGUUCAAUUUCAGUUGCCAGCAGCCGCUUUAGAAAGCCGGGUGGAAACAAGAAUUUCCCCGGUAAUAAUGUUUCACAACCAGCUGUUGAAGAGCGUCGCAUAGUUUAUGUUGGACGUAUUGAAGAGGAAACCACCAAGGAGAUGCUGCGUCGCAAAUUCUUACCUUAUGGCACUAUCAAGCAAAUUUCGAUACACUACAAAGACACGGGCAUGAAAUACGGUUUUGUAACAUACGAGCGUUCACAAGACGCGUUCACCGUUAUAGACAGCAGUGCACGUGAUCCCACAAUCAACAUGUACGACAUCAGUUUCGGUGGCAGGCGCGCCUUUUGCCGCUCUUCAUACGCUGAUUUAGAUAAUGCCGGCAUUAAUACAUAUCAUUCGAUUGUAUUUCCGAAAGUGGAAGCGCCACCCAAAGAGGAGGAUUCCUUUGAGGCGCUAUUGCAGAAAGUCAAAGCGAAAAUGAGCGCUAAUAAAGGCAGCGGUGGGGCGAAUGCCAACAAAGCAUGACGUCGGCAAUGGCAAGCAAACGCAAUCAAUUGUGGUCAACUGCUAUGUUGCAUAAAAUCCUGACUUACGCAAAUGAGUGGCAUAUGUAGUUGUUUUCGUAUUUACGUUUAUAUAAACAUAAUUUGUUGUAUGCUAUAACAAUUCCAAAUUUAAAUACCGUUAUACAAAUGUAAGUAUGCAACACAGGAUCCUAUCUUUUUUAUUUUUCUAUUAAAUAUACUUUUUAAAUUAAGUUUAGUUUGUAUAACGUAUAUUUUUUUUAUGAAUUGCUAAAUUUAUAAUAAUAUAUAUGAAAAUAUCCGUGCUUGAAUAAUACAUAAUUCAGCAUAGUACUGAUGAUUACCUAUUAGCUGCAAUGGCAUGUGAAGAAAAGUAGUGUAAACAAGCACUGGACACAUUAUUAUUGAACUGAAUGUAUAAAGUUUUGAAUAUUGCUAAACUUAAGAACAAAAUAUGCUUGGACGAGCAAACAGCAAACGUUUGUGGCAUAAAUGCCAUUUCUCAGCGUGCAUUGUUGGCUAAUAAGCAAUGUGAUAAUAGAAGCCACAGUCAUUUAUUGCAAAUAAGUUGAACUACUUAAAAUAUACGAAAUGAAAGAAAAAAAAACCGUAAUAAACAAUAAGUUACAUAGCUAUUGUAUAUGUAUGAAUAGACAACAUAAUGAAUUUAACGCAUAUGCAGAAGACCAUAGUUCAAGCUGACAUACAUAUAUACAUAUAUAGAAAAGUGUAAGUUUUUACCGUUACAAUUACAGAAUAUUUAUUUAUUUGUAAAUUUUGUACAUUUGUAAACAACAACAACAACAACAACAAACAAAUAAAACCAACUAUAUAAAUGCAAAAACAAAACAAAAAUAAAAAACAAAA